AUGCUCAUCUACCCGAGCCCAGAGCCAAGGUAUGACUUGGAUGCCGUGGCCGUGAGUGUCGGUGAGGACCUGCACCCCCUUAACCCCAAGCCGCACAAGGAGCAGGGCCUCAUGAAGCCAUGGGCGUUUAGCAUGGCCUGUGACGUCAGCGGCGCGGCAAGCUCGACGAGGUUCACCUACGACCGUAUCUUGAACAUGGGGCUUCUGGAUGGCCACCCGAUCCUCGACAUCAGCCCGGACGGAGCCAUCACUGUGGCGCCAGCGGGCACCCUCAGUGAGCUGUUCGAUGCGCUCAGCGUGUCGGGAUCGCAGCGGAAGGCCUUCACUUUGGGCUGCCGGGUCUUCGGCCUCUUUCCCGAUCCAGAUCUGCCUCCGGUGGAGACGACUCUGACCAUCGUAGUGCAAGAUACGGUGUGCUGGGUUCCACAGAACAUCAAGGGCACUGGCUUGCCUCAUGCCAGCGCCGAUACGGAGGCCAAGUGCAGAUCCCAGUGCCGUGCAGACGAAACCUGCGCGAACUACAAGUUUGAGGGCCAGUGCACGAGGUAUGAUGCUCGCUCGGACGGGAACCCGGUCACGGUCAUCGCCAAGGUCACUAAUUGCACCAACGAGGGUACCUGUAUGAAAGUGACACAUUCCGAAUGGUACCUUGCUGGUACGUAUUGUCCCUUGGGCAGAGACGCAGUAUUGGGUGGCAUCGUGUACCUUCGCGAGCACGUCACGCAGCAGGACAUGGUGUAUCUGCGUGAGGGAUCCAGCGGCGGUUGUGGUGCUAACGAGUGGGCGUUGAUGGCACCUUCAAGUGCAGACUUCAUCGACAAG